CCCGCCCCAGCCGCCGCCGCCGCCGCCGCUUGUUGAUGUUUCACUUUUUUAAUUCCCGGCUCGCAAGAUGGAGGCGGCGCUGGGACGGCGAGAGCUACUGCCGCUGCUGCUGCCGCUGGCCGCCGCGCUGCUGGGCCCGGCCGCGCCGCUGCAGCUGGGCCAGGAAAUGAUCAGAGUCGACGUUAUGAUGUUGAAUACCAAUGGAGAGUUUCACAAAGGACAGGUUUUUUUUAAUAUCACCUAUGUGAAUGGGCAGGUAUAUCUAAAUGAUUUUCCUAUGAAAAGCGGGGUGGCCCACAUAAAAUGUCAAACAGUAAUAUUGGAGGAUGGAAACUUGGGUAACUUACCAGAUGAGCAGCGCCUGGGAAUUGUCAGUGUUCGCAUUAUGGUUCACGAGUGGCCUUUGGCAUCCGGAUCUGAUUUGCAGCUGAUUGUUGUUCAGGAAGAAGUGACAGAAAUUGAUGGAAAACAGGUUCAGCAGGAAGAAGUAACAGAAAUAGAUAUUUUGGUAAAGGACCUGAGAGUACUUAGACAUUCAAACUACACUGUCCCUUUGAAAGAGAGCAUGUUGUACUCCAUCCCAAGGGACAACGACAUACUAUUUACACUUCCUAACCUCUCAGGAAAAGAUAUUCAAGAUCCACUGCAAACUACCAGUCAGUACCUCAUCCGGCAAGUGGAAACUACAGUAGAUGAGGAGACAUUACCUGGCAAGUUACCAGAGACCCCACUUAGGGUAGAGCCUCCAUCUUCUUACAAGGUGAUGUGCCAGUGGGUGGAAGACUUGAGAAAAGGGUUGUGCAGAUUCUGGUUUCGAUCGUUACCCAUCUUCUUUAGUUUGAUGGAAGUCAUUGUAGUUGGAGUUGUUGGAGCAGCUCUUAUUCUCAAAGUCUUAAAGGUGAUUUUCCCUUCCUGGGAAAACAAAAGCAUCCUCCUCCUGGAUCAAGUCAGCUUUGUACCCGUGAUUACCAUCAGCUUGUCUUCAGAUCUUCCAGACAGGAAAAAUAAUUUAGAUGAGAAAGCAUGUACCUAAUACUGUGUUUACUUUGGAGUUACUGUUGUUUUAAAAACAAAAUUUUAGUUGACCUGAAAUUUGGCACUUGAUCUUAAUACCUUGUUUGUUUCCUACUAAGAAAACUAAGUCAGUUGAUUAAUUGGCAAAGGGACAUUCAGGCCGAGGCCCAAAGCUGACUUCCCUGUGCCUCUCUGUAAACAUGCAGCCUUUUCAGAAGCUUCAAAAUAAAAGAGCUUUCCACCCUGAGGGCUAUACCAUUGGUUUUAACUUCUGUGAAGUCACUUUUCCACACCUCAGAAAGGACGCUGGCUGCCUUCACGCCCAUAGCUAAACCAGGUCAGCUAUCCUGAACAGGGAGACGAUGAAGUUCAGGGUGUCCUGAAGUCUCGAGAGAGAGCAUUUCUUCAGGAAAGAACGAAGGAGUAUUGCUAACAUCAGCUGUGCCUGCAAGCCUCAACAAAGCUGCUCAACUGAGUUUCAGGUCUCUUAGGGCUGAGUGUGCCUUGCAAGGAAAAUAUCACUACCAAACAUUUGUGUAACUCAAAUAAUUUGCCAUUUUAUAUAUGCAAAGCAAAAAUUUCAAAGGCAGAUUUAUAUUUCAAGCACUUUAUUCUGGCCCCUUCCAUUCAUAAAAGUUGUCAGCACGUGUAAGCAAUGUGCUUUUUGUACCUGUGACAGCAGUACUAUGUGAAGUCUCAAAGAGGAAGAGAAAAUGCUACACAAUUCUCCACAAGUACUGGCUCACUCUUGCCAAGCAGGGCCAGUCUGCCCAAGCCAAUUUGUACUGUUAAUGUUUUUCAAAUAAACAUGUAAAUUGUUUCUUA